CCAUUGGCCCCCAAGAUGCACACUUCCCUCUUCAGUCAGUGGGCUGAUUUGCAUGCUCUGUUGUGGCUCAAGAGGCUUCCCCGUGCCUGUACUGCAAGCACCCAGAGCCCAGCCCAGCAGAACCACUCUAGGACAACCUUCCUGCUUAUGGCUGUGGCCUGCCCUGGUUGCCUGCUUCUCCUUCUGAUGGGAGCCUUCUUGGCAGUCUUUCAGCCAGCCCUGACGGAGCCUGAUGCACUGCUGGUCUUCCCAGGCCAAGUAGCUCAGCUCAGCUGCACAAUCAAUUCCCAGCAUGCCACCGUGGGAGACACCGGCGUAUCCUGGUACCAGCAGCAGCCAGGCAGUGCUCCUCAUUUUCUGUACUACCACUCCAAAGAGGAGCACUAUCGGCCGGAUGACGUUCCGGACAGAUUCUCAGCUACCAUGGACGUGGCCCACAAUGCCUGUGUGCUGACCAUCAGCCCCGUGCAGCCGGAGGACGAUGCCCGUUACUUUUGUUCCAUCUACUAUAGCUCUGAACCCUAGGGCUGGAGUCCGAGAUGAAUGUCCUCCGUCUGUCUCCUCCUUCUCCUCCCUGAUCUGGAACCCCCUCUUUUUCCUCCAAGUCUUACUCUCCUUCCUCUGCAAAAAUGAGUUAAUAACAUUCAACAUGAUGACCACGAGAUCCUGGGUAAGAAAGUGACAAAUCAAAAGGACAUGGGGGUUGGGAUUCUGGUGGCUGCUGAAUAAAGAGGAAACACCUGAGAACAGGGCCCGGCCUUGUCCC